AUGGACUGGUCACCAACAAAAUCAGAAUCCUCGUUGCCUUCGCCUUUAAGGUCACGUUCGCGAUCCGGAUCUCCUCCAUCUUCGUCAGCCAGAACGGUUACAAUUAAUUUAUUCCCUCUCUCUGAUUCAAUAGAGUUUGCUCCCAAACAUUUAAGUUUCAAUCCUGAUCAAGAAAUUAAGGUUGGCAGAGUUAGUGGAAGCCGUAAUCAAAAAGAAGCUAGAGCAGAUAAUGGAGUAUUUAGUUGUGAUGUUAUGUCUAGAGAGCAUGCGUUACUAAAAGAAGAAAACGGAAAGAUUUUGAUUAAAGAUUUGAAAAGUACACAUGGUACCUUCAUUAAUACUGUAAGAUUAGGCGAUGGUUCAGACGAGAGUGACUGGCGUAUAUUAAAUCACGGUGAUGUUAUCACUUUUGGUCAUAGUGUUAGGCGUAAUCAAAAUUUGUACAAGCAUCUAUCAGCAUAUAUAUUUUAUCCUAAAGAAACAAAGGACGAAACACUUCCUCCAAACAAAUUCAACGGAGUUACAUCAAAUGCAUUGCCUAUUCCAAGCCCUCCCACAUUUAUUAAAACUGAACGUUCAUCAGAGAAUGUACCAACACCUUUGUCAGGAGUAGCGAAGGAACCAGUUACGGUUGCAAGUGCAGGAAUUUCUCAACAAAGAAGUGAAGGUCCUGCGUCUUAUUAUAUUGCAAAAUCCGGUGGUUUACCCCCUGCUUCGUCUAAUGUAACCAACCCUCUUGGCAACAAGUUCGGUGGCCUACCCGUUAAACCGCGUAUCACUGAUAACGCCACACAUGCCAGUGAAGUACCUGUCACAGAACCAAAGCAGCAUAUUAAACAGGAGGUCGGCAUCACUUCUAGUACUAGUGAAGAAAUGUUAACUUCUAUUCAAAAAUUGAAAAUUGGUCAGUCUGAUGAUAAAACGCAUAUAGAAGUUGAAAAUAAAGAACAAAUAGCACAGACAGCGAAAUCCGAUCAGGACAGCGUUAAUGCCUUUACGGAAAAUGACGAAAUAGUCGAUAAUUUAAAGAAUGUUGAAAAACUACAUAAAUCAGUAUCUUCUGAAAGUUUCGAUGAGGUUGAAUCGGUAGAGGUUACAGGAGAAUCAGCAGUUAUUAGAACAUCAGUUUCCGCUACAAGAACAACAGUUUCAUUUGCUGCACCCGCUCCCGUUAAAGAAAGAUUAUCUACACAAAGUACACGAGAAACAAAACCCUCAAAAGUCUCUCGACGAGAGAAAGAGAAUAGCAGGGAGAAGGAUAGUCAUAGGGAAAAAGAAAAUUACCGAGAGAAGGAAAGUCACAACAGAGAGAAGGAAAGUCACAGCAGAGAGAAGGAAAUUCGCAACAGAGAAAAAGAAAGUCACAGCAGAGAAAAGGAGGCCCAUAGAGAGAAGGAGAACUACCGGGAGAAAGAAUUUCAUAGUAGAGAAAAGGAGGGCCACAGGGAGAAGGAGAGUCACAAAGAGAGGGAUAACCACAAAGAGAAAGAGAGUCAUAUAGAGAAGGAAUGGGAAUGUCUGAAAGAAAUAGAAAGCAACACAGAAAAAGAGAGUAAUACUGAUACAGAUAAGUGCGAAAAUGUCAGUAAUGGUGAAGGUCCAUCUCAUGUGACUGAAGAUGACACCUCAAAUGUUGCUACUGCAAUCAUUUUACGCAAACGGAAAUACGAAGAAAUAGACGAAGAAUUAAUUGGACCAAGUGAAAUAAUUGCUCUCAAAAAUAAGUUGGCGGAAUUAGAAGAACGUGCUAUUCAUGUAAAUAAACGUAGAAAAUGGGAACUUGUAUACUCUACUGUUGUUGGUAUGGCGGCAGGAGCCCUUAGUGUUGGUUGUGCUUUUAUGCUUGGAGUCGCUUUUUAUUAUCGAAAAUUUAUACUUUCAUAUUUCCCAAGUAUAAAUCGUCGUUAUCAAAGGUUACCUACAGUAUUUUCUUCAAAUUCAUUUCAAAAUGAUAUAGAAGAUGGCCUAACUUCGGAAACUUUUGAUCUUGAACAAAAUAUAAUUGAUGGUGAUUCAAGACCGGGAUUGGAAGAUUCUGAUGAAAUUAAAAGAAUUAUGGAAACUGAACAUGUUACUUUUGAUCAAGCGAGAUUAAUUAGACAGAAAAGAAAAUUCCAAACCAAUAAUAUUGAUCCACAAACUGGUUUACCGAGGGAUCCUAAAUUAGUUACUUUUUCAUAA